UUAGAUUGUCAUUCAAAUUUUAAUCUCACGCUCACCGUUUUAUAUAAAAGAAAAAAACGAUUCUGAGGAAUUUUGAGAUUAUCUGUGACAUGCAGUGUCCACAGUAUACAAGUCUCGUGAUACAGUAAUUCCUGAUACAGAACAAUAUUUCACAAAGAAUAUGGUCCUAUGUAAGAUAUGCAAAGGUGGUCAAACUUAACUAGCAAAGAAAAAAGAAAAUAACGGUACGAAGUUGACCCACAUUAGGUGUAAUAUUAACAGAAAAUUAAAUUCAAUUACUUAAGGUAUAAUUAAUUCUGAUUACAUUUGCAUAUUUCAAUGAAAUAUUUAAAGUUCAAGCGUGACGAUCUUCAAAUCCAUUCGUGAUUUUCUUUUUCCAUUUUAAUUAUACCGCACGAAGAGCGAAAGAAUUCCUUUCUCUUUCGUUAGCGCUUUCAAUCCGCGUAGCAAUCGGACUGGUUGCACGCGUAACAUUCGAUACUCCUGCUAAGGAUAAGUGUAUCUUAAAAAAGGCGUUUUUCCUCGAGAAUCAGUAUUGCGACAUCGCAUAGCUGCUUUUCCUUAAUGUCACAUGAUUGUCCGUGGUUCGCGGAAAAAGUGGAUCUCCCUCGUUUAUUAUGACACCAGUUACCCGAGCCGUGAAUUUUGGUCGUUUUUCAUGUUUACAAUCACUUGUACCUCUAUUUUCAUACUUCUCUUUCUCUCUUUUUGUUUUAGUGUAUCGACCGUCACAAAAGUGAAAAUAUUCUUAUUGUUCCGGCUUUUAAACACGAAUGUUGUCAGACACGUUACAAUUUCAAGGAUCGCAGAAUACAUUAUACAUACGUGAUUGAAAACGAAGAAGAGGACUCGGGAUGGCGAACCGUUUGUGGAAGGCGCUGUCCCGAAGACGCAUCGACGACAGCCAGGACAGCAAGGGUGAAUUGGCUCGGGUUCUAGGCCUUUUUGAUCUCACGGCCCUAGGUGUGGGCUCUACUCUCGGUAUUGGAGUCUACGUCCUCGCUGGUAGCAUAGCCCAAUCGACGGCUGGUCCAGCUGUCUGUAUUUCCUUCCUUAUCGCUGCCAUCGCUUCCGCGUUUGCGGGGAUGUGCUACGCAGAAUUCGCUUCCAGAGUUCCAAAGGCAGGUUCGGCAUACGUCUACAGUUACGUUACAGUAGGAGAAUUCAUCGCCUUCGUCAUAGGAUGGAAUUUAAUUUUGGAGUAUAUAAUAGGUACUGCCAGCGUCGCUCGAGGACUUAGUAAUUACUUGGACGCAUUGAUAGGAAAGGUGAUUAGCGAGACUCUGUUGUCCGCAAUGCCCAUUCGCGUUUCGUUUCUGUCAGAGUAUCCAGACUUCUUCGCGUUUGGAGUAGUGAUACUUCUAGUGAUCUUACUGAGCAUAGGAGUGAAAGAAUCUUCAAUGUUGAAUAACAUAUUCACUGUGAUCAAUUUGGCUACCAUUUUGAUUAUCAUAGUUGCAGGUUCCAUUAAAGCUGACCCAGCGAAUUGGAGGAUACGGGUAGAGGAUAUAGAUGAAACAGUUAGAAACCCAGGAUCAGGUGGAUUCAUGCCGUUUGGAAUAACUGGAGUAAUGAUUGGAGCUGCAAAAUGUUUCUAUGGUUUCGUAGGAUUCGAUGCGGUUGCAACCACCGGUGAAGAAGCUAAAAAUCCUCAACGCAACAUACCCAUAGCUAUUGUUGUGUCAUUGGUCAUUAUCCUGGCCGCUUAUUUUAGUAUUUCUACUGUAUUAACUAUGAUGUGGCCUUAUUACGAUCAGGAUCCUGAUGCCCCAUUUCCUUACGUGUUCGAUAAGAUUGGAUGGCCCAUCAUUAAAUGGAUAGUUAAUAUUGGUGCUGUAUUCGCGUUAUGCACAAGUUUACUUGGUGCAAUGUUUCCCUUACCGCGAGUACUUUAUGCUAUGGGCAGUGAUGGAGUGAUCUUUAAACGUCUUGCGAAUGUACAUCCAAAAACAAUGACACCUAUUUUUGGAACCGUGAUUUCUGGUUUAUUAACGGGAAGCAUGACUCUUAUCUUUGAUCUUCACCAGUUAAUUGAAAUGAUGUCCAUUGGCACGUUAUUAGCAUACACAAUAGUGGCAAUAUCCGUUUUAAUAUUGAGAUAUCAAGGGAAAGGUUGUGCAUCGAAUACUUAUUCUAUAGCAGCAACGAAUAGUUACAAAUUAAAGCCAAUCGACCUCUUAAAACAAAUAUUCAAUUUACGCAAUCAAAAGGAGGUAACCGAGAGUUCGUACAAAGUUGCCAAAUAUGGUAUUAUAAUGUUAUGUAUUUUCAUAUUUCUUACUGCACUUUGCAUAAAUUACGGGGGUUCAGGAUUAUUCAGCAGUAACGUAGUAGCGUCUGUGAUACUAGUUACACUUAUAAUAAUAGUGUUAUUAAAUCUCGCAGCUGUUGCCAGGCAGCCUACACAAGAUAUUGAUGCAGCAUUUAAGGUACCAUUAGUGCCAGUUCUUCCAUGCUGUAGUAUUUUUAUAAAUCUAUAUUUGAUGUUGCAAUUAGAUGCUUUUACUUGGAUUAGAUUUGCUGUUUGGAUGUUUAUCGGUCUUAGCAUUUAUUUCUUUUAUGGCAUAUCUCAUAGUGAACAAGGAAAAAGAGAUAAAAUUGAAGCUGAAAUGAUGAAACGAAAAUACGCGGAUCAAGUUAGAAUCGUUACUAAAUUUUAAUAAUGAUCUUAUAAUAUGUGAUAUUUUUUAUAUUAACGUACAGAAACCUGCUUAGUAAGGUCCUAGGUAUUAUAACAUGUGAUUACCGUUACAAUUUUUAAUUAUAAACCAUCAUUCUAUACUCUUUUAAGAGAUAUACAGAAAGUUAAGGAAAGAAUAACUUCUGACUGUGUAAAGUAAGUAUAUUGUACAUACAGAAUUUUAUUUCAAGAAACAAAUAGUUCUUAUCGUGAAAUUUUUAAAUGCCAGUAAAUAUUAGACGUUUUGAAUAAAUAAGUAUAUGCGUGUGUAUGUUGUUGCUGAUGCUAAAAUGCAUUAUAGAUACUCUCACAAUAUCAUUUUAUAAACAGUUUUAAACUAUUGUACAGUAUGUAAGAUUAUAUGAACAUAUUAUGUUCUUUUUUUCUUUUAAUUUAUAUGUUAAAAUAUGUUGAUGUAAUGUACAUAUUGCUUAACAGAUUUUAUUACGAUUAUUUGUGCUAAUGAAAUACAGCGUUUUAUAUUUA